AUGUCUGGACACCCCUUCCAGAUUCCCGGCCUCGGCCAGGCAAGGCCAAAUGAGCAGCUCCCCGCUGACAACUUUGCACCUGAUCUUCUCGUCGCUGCCGCUAGCAUCGUCGGACAGGAUGUUCUCGCGGUGACCUCUGCUGACCCCGCGCAACUGCUUCAACAACUGCAGAAGCCUAAGACCGAGGAGAAGACCGAGGAGAAGACCGAGGAGAAGACCGAGGAGAAGAAGGAUGAGAACGCUAUGGAGAUCGACUCCAAGCAAUCAGACAAUGCGCCUACCAAGACACAGGAAGAUGUCAGCAUGGCCAACCACGGCGACAACAAGCCACAAGCUGCCGCCGACAAUUCCACCGCUUCCAACCUCGACUCUCCUCCGAGCCCCGACGUUACUUCUACACUCGAAGCUGCCCUCAAUGGUAUGCUAGAUGCGCCUACCAGUUCGGCAACCAUGGCCAACGGCGAGGGCCAAGCCGGCGCUCAAGACGCACAAGAGGAGGAACACCCAGAGUGGGAGGAGGACACGUCGCCAUACGAGUCUUCAUCCGAGUCGAGCUCCGAUAGCUCAUCCGAUGAUGACUCGGAUGACGAAGAUGCUCAUCCUAUCUUGGGCGUGGAGGAAACAGUCAGGAUGCUUAUGGCUGGCCUUGACGAUGAAGAAGAAGAUGGACCCAACAAAGGAAAGGGAGCUGGCGCGCCAUUGCGGACCAAGAACGAGAUUGUCGAGGAGGUCAUCCCCAAGCCUGAGGUUGUCAUCACCCCCGAAAUGACGAUCGAGCCUCUGGCGCACGUCGAGUUCAUUGUCGAGAAUACCGUCGUCAUGAAGUCUAGAGUCCCCGGCGAGGUCAAGGUUCUCGACUUGGGUUCGGUCCUUUGCAAGGAAGACAGGACGGUUAUUGGCGCCUUGGCCGAAAUCAUUGGUAACGUCAAGAGCCCCAUGUACACUUGCGUUUUCCAAAACCAGGAGGAGAUCAAGCAGCUUGGCUUGGAAGUUGGCACACACAUCUUCUACUCUGUUGACCACGCCAACUACGUCUUCACCCAGGAGCUCAAGAAACAAAAGGGCACCGAUGCCAGCAACCUCCACGACGAAGAAGUUGGUGCUGAUGAGAUGGAGUUCUCUGACGACGAGAAAGAAGCCGAGUACAAGAAGCAGCUGAAGAUGAAGAAGCGUGGUGGAAAGGCCGGACGUGGUGGUCUUCGUGAGCAGGUCCUUCGUGACCAGUCUUACGCACCGAACGCUGGAUAUGCUCCCUCAGCAGCAUCUAGCGCCACCCUCGAUCAUGCCCCCACAACGUCCAGCGGCACUCUCAACUACGACGAGGAUGACGAUGGUCCGUACAGGCCUCUUGCUAGGCCCGUAGGCUUUGGUCAGGGAGGGCCGCCCUCACUGCCACCGAAGCCUGAAGUCGGCUUCAACGCGGCACAUGGUGGUCAGAGUCAGCGGGGUGGCUUCAGCCGUGGCAACCGGGGUGAGUUCCGCGGCCGUGGCCAGCGCGGAGGAAACCGUGGUGCUGAUCGGAAGCCUGGUGGCCACCGUGGUGGAGGUGGCGGUGCUGCCGCGCCUUCCUAUGGAGGCUAUGAGAGCGCUUCGGCACCUCAAUUCCCCAACACACAGCUGCCCCCUCCAAUCCCGCCAAAUGCCCAAAUCCCCCCCUCCUCCCUUUGGCGGAGCCGCACCUCCGAUGCCCGGUGGCCAUUGGCCUCAUAUCCCCAUUCCAUUCCCACCGCCUCCUAUGUCCUUCCCCCGGCCCUCUACCCAGCAUGGAACCAGGCUCAGGGUCAACAGUAUCAAUACCCACAACAAGCUUCGUCAUCGUCCGCUCCUGCGCCCCAGCAACAAUCGUCAACUCCCAGCUACCCACAUCAGGCACCGGCCGUCCCGCCUGUGUGGCCUGGCGUUCCGCCCCCGCCCCCUGUCGCCGGCGCAUACGUAAACCCGGCCUUCUUCCAACAGCUGCAGGCUCAAGCCCAGCAUGCCCAGCAUGCCCAGCAGGCUCAGCAGGCCCAACAGCCUCAGCAACCUCAACAACCUCAGCAGCCGCAACAGCAGCAGCAGUAUUGGGGACAGCACAACGCAUACGGUCAGGCUCCCAAGUAG